AAGUUGGCUGGUUUAUAUGCUUUGUCGGCCUCCUCGCUCGUACCGUCAGUUUUGCUAACCGACACCUGCGACAGCAAACACUUUUAUCGAGCUUUUUGUUUUACCCGUGUUAUUAGAAUGGCUGUAGCUGAAGACCGGGCCUCCUGCUAAUGCGUUUUAUGUGGAGUGACUCGGUCAUGUUGCCUCCUUCAGAGAAACUGCCCGGUUCAGGCUGAGUUUUCGGCAUGACAGGGAUGAAGAUAGACCUGGAACAAGUUCUAAUACAUAUUUUUAAAUCCUCAGAUAUCAAUCUUAUUACCUUGCUGUCAAGACUUCCAAUAGAGAUUUUCAAAUGAAAAUGGAGGAUAUGCCCCUCUCAGGCCCAGACAACACCAGGCUGGAGGCCCUGGCCCAUGACAUCUACUCUGAGCUGGUGGAAGAUGCCUGUUUGGGCCUGUGUUUUGAGGUGCAUCGUGCGGUGAAACAGGGCUAUUUCUUCUUGGAUGAAACGGACCAAGAGAGCAUGAAGGAGUUUGAAAUUGUGGAUCAACCAGGAGUGGACAUAUUUGGGCAGGUGUACAAUCAGUGGAAGAACAAAGAGUGUGAGUGUCCCAACUGUAAAAGAUUAAUAGCAGCUUCUCGCUUUGCUCCGCAUUUGGAGAAAUGCCUCGGCAUGGGACGCAACAGCAGCCGCAUCGCCAACCGCAGGCUAGCCAGCAGUAAUAAUAUGAGCAAAUCAGAAAGUGAUCAAGAAGACAAUGAUGACCUUAAUGAUAAUGACUGGUCGUACGGGGCUGAAAAAAAAACCAAGAAGAGAAAGUCAGAUAAGAGUCAAAAUUCCCCAAGAAGAUCCAAAUCCCUGAAACAUAAAAACGGUGAGAUUGGAAGUGGCGUCGGUGCUGAAUCUUACAAGUACAACUAUAAUACUGGCAUCAGUUAUGAAACGUUGGGCCCCGAUGAAGUCAGAUCCCUUCUAACGACGCAAUGUGGGGUGAUAUCUGAGCACACAAAGAAGAUGUGUACCAGGUCUCAGCGAUGUCCCCAACACACGGACGAACAGAGGAGGGCCGUCAGGGUGUUCCUCCUGGGGCCGUCCGCCCCGACGCUGCCUGAUGCAGAUGCUGUGGACACUGACAGCUUUGACAUUCCAGAUCCACAACCCGUAAUGAGCCGCCUGCAGUGGGAGGACUCUGAUAUUUCGCCUACUGAUUCUGCUUCGUCUAAAGCCAGCACCAACCAUUCAGAUUCUCGGAAGCCCAAGAAAAAGAAGAAGCCAUCUCUUCCAUUGAACAGUGGAGGAGGAGGAAGUGGGAGUGGAAGCCUGGCUGGAGGCGGCGGCAGCAGCUCUCAGAGUAAUAUCAGUAUAUCGACCAAAAAAAAGAGGCCCAAACUCUCAGCACCUCCUAUUUCAAGUAUCUAUGAUGAUUUAAACUAGCAUAGGCCAAUUUGUCAGACCAGCCCUCGCUUCCUCUUAUUAAGUCCCUUCUUUCACACCAAGCUUUAAAGGUCUGAGCUGUAUGGGAUGAAACUUGAGUUAGAAGUUCCUUAGUAAUCAUUUGGCCUUGAUAACUGAGGCAUCUACAUUUAAAGAUUUAUCCUUCCUGAAUCAUGAACACAGAGUUUAAGAAUUGUGGUCAGAGUCCAGUCAGAGUAUCUGCAGUAACGGAUUGGCUCACUUCCAGUGUAAAACAGAAUUUACUUCUGCUAUACACGUAAUUUAUGACUUACAUUUGUCUUCAGCUGAUAUCGAGGAGGACUUGAUGCAAUCGGGUGACGCUUUGUGUGGCAGUUUCAAUGACGAGCUUCCACACGACACUGCAGAAAACUUUCCAGCCAAUUAAACAAAAUUGUAAAGUAGUGAAAGUUGAUUAUUUGAACCAAAACAUAAUUUUAUGCAGCAGUGUUAUGCUUCUCUUCAGUGGAAUACCUAGGUUUAUUAAAAACAGCCACAGAGAUGUGCACAUACCUUUAGCUAUGUAUAGGUAGCCACAUUUUUAGAGCUUGUUUAUUUAAGAUAUAGAAAUAAAGAACACGUUACCCAUGUACCAAAGAUGGCAACCUGGGUUCAGUGCCACCCCUUUGUUGCAUGUCUUCCUCGCUCUCGCAGUCGAUACUUUGAAAUAAAGGUAAAAAACGCUUAGAAAUAAUUCUUUGAAAAUAAAUGAACCACUUAUGUGUAAAUGAUCUCUCCUGUGCUCUAAAUUUUAUUUUACAGAGGGCCUUGAAGUUACAAAAGACAUCAAUAAUAAGCCCACCUGCACUGCAAUGUCCUGGAACUGAAAAAAACUUUCACUACCAGCUUGUGGUCUGAAAAGUUUAGAUUUUUUUCUUCUUUAAGUUCGACUUAAAUUGAAAGGCCUUAAAUUCAAAAACCUUCAGAUACUCUCAUUGGUGAGCCUGUGACCGGCCCCUCUUCUUGGACUUUGUGUUCAGACUCAGUCAUAAGGACACGUUCAACACUUGACACACAUAUACUGGAGUACUCAUCAGUGGCUUUUUAAUUCUAGCAUUGUAUUGCACAGUCGUGUGUGUGUGUGUUUGUGUGUCUGUAUGAUGAUUUGCAUUUAGCGUGAAUGUCAAUUUUGUGUGCGUGCGUGCCUGUAUGUAAGUGUACGUGCGUUUGGUGUGUGUGUAAUCAUUCUUUUCACAAAACUAUGCAUCCUAGAAUGUGACUCUUGUGAAAGUAUGUGUGUCAUUUGGAAUAUUUAACUCGUUUACAUUAACGGUAUAUUUAAGUUUGUAUUUGUCACUGCCUUUGUGGUGAUGUGCAUAUUACUUGUGUGUAAAUGCAGAUUUUGAUAUUUGAUGAGCCAGUAGGCUUUUGGGGCACAUGUACAGUACAUGUAUGUUUGACAUAAAUCAUGAAUUCAACAUUUAUUUGUUUCCUCCUUAGAAAGCCUUGUUCUGUGCGCUUUCACUCACUUUGCUUGUAGAUUACAUUGUAAAAGUAGAUCAGCCCAGCAGUUCAGCUUGUUGUUAAUGACCAUGAGCGAUAAGGCUGCAUUUUGUAAGCUUGUAACCAACAGUGUCUGAUGUAAAUUAUGAGGUUUAUUACAUAUUGUAGAUGCCAAAGUCCUGUACUUUUCAGGUCUUGGAGAAGAAUUUGUUUUUCUUCUAAAUUGGAAAUUGCUCACCCAAAGAUUUUAUGCAGUUUUUAUAGUGGAAUCUGAAGUGCAAAUCCAGGAUGCUUUAUUUUAAUCAGGAUGUCAUAAAGAGGGAAGGUAAAGUUGACCUAUUCUGUUUAUUCUUAUUUUAUUUCAUGUAUAUUGAAUGUUCAUAUUAAACAUGGGGAGAGUUGCCAAUGUGCCAGGCUUAAGCACCUGUGAUUCAUCAAGAGGGGAUAUCCUUAGUAUGGUCAUCUCAAGCACACAGCUGUCCCACCCACCUAUAGUUAGAACCUUCUGUUUGCAGGAGGCAACCAACCAGAAGUCAGUCAAAGGAGCUAAAUUCACUUAUUUCAGAUAGAGGAUGAAAUGUGGGGCUUUAACUGUCAGCUGUUAAUCAUACGAAGAAUAAGAAUGUGGCGUUUGAAAUGAGGUCAACCCAUCGAUUUACUUAGUGUAAGUAACCCCUGUUAAUUCUGAUUUUUUUUUUUUUUUAAACCAGUCAUUUAAAGUUAUUUUUUCAUUAUUUGCACUUUUUUGUUGCAUUUUCAUAUAUACCUUUCAUGAGGUUGGACAGUUUUGUGACUUUUUGUCUUACUGAAAGGCCCUCGGAGAGAGAAUUUUGGCACUUUUGUCCAAACUCGGAUCAUUUUUUGUUACAUUUUUUUUAUUUUUUAACAGAGUAAUUGGCAGUGUUUUGAAGAUACAAUCAUGUCUCUUUAUGAACGCAUGUUGAUGCUUUUGGACCAACUAUUUCCAAGAAAUAGAACAGAAAGCGAUCUCGACAUGUGCAACCAGUGCUGCAUGUACCAGACUGUUUGGUGGAUUAACAUUUGAUGCUGAUUAAGGGUUCACAUUCACCAGGUUCUGUUUUUAAGCAUUUGUUCAAGUUUUGGAGGGUCAUGUAAUACAAUCCUUAAAGUCUAGUGCUUUCAACGUUCUCUCACAAUCAUGACAAUCUGCCAAAGCUCGAUUUUGUAUUUUUCCCCUAUAUUUCUGACUGUGCCCAGUUGAAUCUGUCCAGUAAAAUCUUGCUAUGUGCACUAAUGUUAAAUGAACUGUUAGAGAUAAUUUGGUAACUAUGAUCCAAUGGUCAUGGCACUGUUUGUGAAUAAGGGUAACUGCUUGUGGUUUAUUUGUGGCUCUUUGUGUAUCUCUGUGCUGUAGAAGUGCAAUGACAAAGAAAGCAAUGUUGUGACUUUUUUUUUUCCAUGCACAAGCACAAAUAAGUGCAUGUGUGCACGACUUGUAUCUGAACACAAUGUGAUACAUAAAUUAUUUUUCUUUUUUUUUUCCACUGCCAUGCAUACUGAUGUUUGUAUAUAAAUAAACACCAAUACCAUGAGACUGACUUCUUUAAACCACAAAGAGCUAGUAGAAGGGGGUUGUUUUGAAAUGCUUUAAUAAGAGAUGCAACUGAAACCAGAGCAGUCUGACAGCAAGUGCCAGAUGCACAUUGAUUCAUUGUAUAAUUUUAUUUACACAAAAUACACAAUAUAUUUACAGUAUCUUUUCAUAAUGUUUAAAUUAAACUACUACGUAGCAUAAAAGAAACAAAGAAACAGUCUUGCACUGAGGCAGUUGUACAGUUUAUAUUUGCAUACAGAGAGCUCGAGUCACUCAAAUAAUACAAUGAUGGCAAAGACUCAAACUGGCACACGCAGCACAACAGUGAGUGGUUCCAAAUGAUUUUAAGCCAUUUGUUUUGUUGUAUUUCUUAAAGGUACAGUAUGUAAAAUCUUACCACUAGAUGUCAACAGACUGCAGUCAACUGAAUUCUAUUUUGCUACCCCUCCCAAUUCAAGUGCAUAAUGCUAAUUAAGGUGGCUGCCGUUUACCUGUAGUAAGUGUAGACUGUAUUUACUGUACCUUUAAAACACAAAGUAAUCACAAAGAAUAGCGCACAAGAAAGCAUAAUGACUAUUUUACAGCAAUAAAGAGCCAUGAGAUGAAGCCAGUAUUACAACAUGGUCUGAACCACUACAUCUUUGAAUAGGAACUAAAUUAGGUUUUAGUUAAA